GAUUGGAAUUUUGGAAUUGGAAUUGUCAAUUGCGUGCAUCACUUUUCAUAACAACGCAACACUCUGAAUUUUCUCAAAUUUAUGGGUAUUUAAAUUGUGGUCUUAGGCAUCAAUCCAACCAGAUUAAGACACGUCACCCACUUUUAGCUCUCUCUCCCACCACUUCUCAAUUGCAAUAAUACACCAGUCAAGAACAAUGGCGCCGGAGAAAAUCGUCCGCCCAGUUUUCGACAACCCAUUCCUGAACAUCACAGUAAACCCCGAUGGCACUGUCAAACGUGAUCCGGAGCUCCGAAACCCGGCGAAUUCGGAUCCCAAUUCCACGGUUCUCAGCAAGGACGUGACUCUUGACCCGACCAAAAAAACUUGGCUCCGUUUGUAUAUUCCUAAUCUGGCUACUCCGCCACCUCCCACCGCCAAGCUGCCGCUGAUUUUUUACUACCACGGCGGAGGAUUUAUCUUCUGCAAUGCAGACACGAGCGUCUACGAUGUUUUCUGCAAGGGUCUGGUUGAAAAACUCGGUGCUAUGGUUGUUUCAUUGGACUACCGCCUUGCGCCGGAGCACCGCCUCCCGGCGGCCUACGAAGACGCCGUCGACGGUUUUUUCUGGGUUAAGAACACCGACGACGAAUGGGUAACAAAGUACGCGGACUUGAGCAACUGUUUCCUAAGCGGGACCAGCGCCGGCGGCAACCUGGCAUACCACGCCGGACUACGUUUCGCCGCCGUGUCCGGCGACCUGAAUCCCCUGAGAGUGAGAGGACUGAUACUCCACCACCCAAAUUUCAGCGGGGCAAAACGGACCGGGUCGGAGGAGAAGCUGGCGAAUGACCCGUUGCUGCCGCUGUACGCCAUCGAUCAGAUGUUCGAUCUCAGCCUGCCGGAGGGGGCGGCUGAUCACGACCACGAGUACAGCAACCCGGUGGCGAAUGGCGGGUCGAAGAAUGCGGAUCUGAUUAAGAGGAUGGGGUGGCGGGUCCUGGUUACGGGUUGCUUCGAUGACCCGUUGGUGGAUGCGGGUUUGGAUUGUGUGAAGAUGCUGGAAGGCGAAGGGGUGGAAACUUCAAAGCUUUUCGGCGAUGGGUAUCAUGCAAUGGAGGUUUUUGACCCGGAUAUGUCCGGGUCGCUCUUUGAUGCCAUUAAAAGUUUCAUAAGAAUCGCUGAUUAGGUUUAUGUAAUUUGGGCUUAGAACCCGGCCCGAAUCGUAUCUAAAAUUUAAUAAAAUCUUUGCCCUAAUGAAUUAUAAUUAUUCAUAAAUAUUUAUUAUC